UGGCACUCAAUCAUCAUAAAUCGUGUCCCCUCUUGCUGGUUUUCUAUUAUUCUAUCAUGCCUUUAAGUCUUUGUCUGUUCUCAUCUCCGUGAUGUGCCUGGGGUUAUAGGAACACCAUCAAAGCCUUGAUUCCGUGGUUGUAUGGGUGCUGAGAGAAAGUUCUCCAGGUGCUUCCGUUUUCCCUUUGGUGCUUUCCACUCAAAGUCACCUGCAUGAGGUGGCAGACAAUAUUUGUUUAGUGGUGUUUUAGGUGGACAGGAUUUGGAGGUUAAUGUGUGCCACACUUUCACUUUUGAUUUUGAGUCAUUCCCAGGCUGCUAAUUAUAGGGAAAAAGGGUGUGCGCUUCCCACGCUGGCAACGAAGAAGAAUUUUGUUUUUGUCUGUUAGGAGUGUAAGAUGAUGUCAUUCAAAGGAUUUGAUAUACAGUACAUACUGUAGUUUUAGAUAAUCAAAUUAGUGUUUUGUAUUCUAAAAUAUUCUGAAAAAUAUAAGUCAAUCUCACAUCUCUGCCGGCUUGAAUAUUUCACUCAAUUUGAGUUCGAGCAGUGAUCCAUUGGAGGCUUCAGACGGAGGAAUUAAAAGGGGCACAUGGGCUCAAGGGUUCCUGGUGGACUUUGCCGCAGGGAAACCUGCUAUCAGUGCACACAACGCAAAGUUGAGGCAAAGAACAAAAAUGUUUUGCCCAGAGGAGAUUAGUUGAAUGUAACAUAAUUCAAUUAAAAGGCGGAGCUCCAUUUUCAUGCACAUAGGUGUUACCUGUUGUUAUUAUUAAUCCACUAGCAUGUGGUGCAUUUAUUCAGCUCAGGUAAUGUUGCUACAGUUCAGAAUGACAUCAGUCUGACUUGAGAUCAUGCUGACUACUUUCAAAUAGCUACGGACCUUCCUGUUUACCAUUGCUUUCGAUUGGUUUUCUUUUAAAUCUGAUUUAUUUGUUAUUUGGUUUCAUUGGGGUUUUUGUGCUUUUGUUUGCUUGCUCAUAUUAUUUUUAUCAUGUGUUUCUUGUGUAAUCUGUAAAUGACUUUGGGUUGCAUCCGGGUAUGAAAUGUGCUAAAUAAAUAACUGUGCCUGUCCUGACAUUAUUUUGUAUAAUAACUGAUCCGUGGCAGGAACACGUGGAAAAGGAUGACUUUUGAGUCAGGUGCUGGCUGUCUUCACAUGCAAAGGGAGUUUAUUUUUCGGAACCGCAGAAAUUUGUUGGAGCUGGCAUGGUGGAAUCAGGGGUCAACGAGAGAGGUAUCAUGGCCACAUAUCUGAAAGAAAAUCCUGGAGAAGUCCAUGAAUGGAUUUUUAAUGAAGUAAAAGGAAAUUACUGGAAGCCAGGGCAUCAGGGACUUAAGAACAGGAGAGGUGUGCACAGUUUAAACUCUGUACCUAUUUGUUUGUUGACUUUGUGUCUCACUGACCUUUAGUCUGGCCUGGUUUGUCUGAUUAGUGUUGAUUAGCAACACCUGCAUUUUGAGCCUGUGCUUUAUAGUGUACAGUACGUUAUUUAGGGUUUAGCUUUGACUGUCCAUCACAUACCUCACAACCCUCUGUGUUCAACUGAUCAUUUAAGGAGUGACAGGCUUUCAAAGAUGUGUCUUCAUGAUGGCAGUUACAUGAGGACCUAAACCCAAACUGCCGUCUCCUCCAGAAACAAACUGCUGCUUCAGGUGCCGCCAUCUAUCCCCGCCACGGAUUGGCACCUCUGGUGCGCAAUCAGUCAAAGUGAAAGUAAAACCCCUGUUUAAUAUCAUAUGACAUGAGUCUGCGCACUAGAGGUACUAUAAGGCGUAUCGGAGAAUGUAUGCUGCGUUUGAAGAACACACAGCAUCUGAAAAGUUUAUUGCACAGCGGCGGAAAAAAAGUUUUAGAGCCGGAGUUCAGUGGACAUGACCGACAUCCAGUGAGGCGACAGGCAGGUGUAAAGAUGCAGGAAUUGGAUCAGGACCCGUUUAUCUGUCCUUUCUUGGGAGAUCUACCAGAUGAUUUAUCUGAAUUCUUUAACGAUGAUUACCUGGGAAAGUUUGUGGUUCCUGACCUCGACACGGAUGUGCUCUUUGAUGAUCCAUGGUUGAAUUGUGAGGAUGAACUCAUUAGCACCUGCAACACUUCAGGUGCUCUUCCUGAGCCAACAGAGCUGCCCAGCCCAGACAGCCACCAGCAGGAGCAGACGAACAAAAAUACAAGCAAAACAAAUAACAGUAGAAAAAGACCCAGAGUUCCCCGGUCACCACAGUGCACUGAUGAGAACACACCAUCAAGGCCCAAAAGACAAAAAGCAGCAGGUCAACCAAAAACCAAAGUGGCACAGGCUGAUCCAUCUGUCACUCAAGGCACUGACACAGGGUCAAAGCCGAGUUCAGCAGAGACGGCCAGCCUCUCCACCACUCCACCAAGAAUCCUUCAUCUUCAUCCCUCCAUUCAGUUUGUCCCCAUCCCAGACACUCCAGCAUGUCAGGUUGUUCGGACACUGAGGCUCUCUCAUCCGCUUAUCACACUUCCACUCCCCAAUACAGCUGCUACACCUACUUACAUAUUGGUUCCUGCUACCUCACCUCCCUUCAAACAGCAAGUGCCACCCCUCUCCCCGAUGGACGGAGCAGUAGCGCCAGUCCAAAUGAGUUCAGCCCCACCGGGAUCUCUGUCAGACACCGCUAGCAAAGCCAUGUCUCCACCUUGUGCCUUACCCCUCUCCCCCAACAAUGAGAUGUCUACAUGUAAGGAAUCACCUCUUCCUCAGUCUCCCACAGUCCUUGAUAUUCCACAGGUUGUAAAGGACUACAUUCAGGAAGCCAAAGCACACGUGAGUCAAACCUGCCAGGAUAUGGAGUCAGGCCUUUGUCUGACUUCUCAUUACGUAGAUGUGCAAGUGAGCCAGAGAGAGAUUCUCCGGUCUGGAAAGAACACCAACAAAGUCCUGGACAAGGAACUAGUCAUCACGGGAGAUACAGAUCGGCAAAAAAGGUUGUUGGGGCACAUUCAGAUAUUCGAAGGCUCAAAUGGAGACAAACCCAAAUGCUACAUAUUGCUACUCGGCAAUGCUGGCAUGGGAAAAACAACCCUGAUCAGAAAACUGUGUCUUGACUGGUCCAGAAACUGCAUCCCACAGUUUGACUUUGUCUUCGUUUUAGACGGCAAAGCACUCUCUUUAUCGGAAGCAACCUAUAGCCUUCAGACCCUUCUUUUAAACUUCUCCUCUUUUGCCCCUUCCUGCAUGGACCCAGAGGCAGUGUAUGCUCAAAUUCUCGCAGCCCCUAAGCGUGUGCUCGUCAUUUUUGAUGGGUUUGACGAGUUGCGGGACUAUGAAAUUCUUCUCCAGACUCAAGAAAAAGACUUGAUAACGUCAUUGCUAAAAGAAAGUAAAGCACAGAACUACACAGUAAGACAGUUAUAUUCUGCCAUCCUUCAGAGGGUCCUCCUUCCAGGCUGCACUCUUCUGCUCUCCACUCGACCAAGAGGCACUGCCAGCCAGCUACUCAGGCGGACAGACAGUCUUUUAGAGGUGUGUGGCUUUAACCCCACAAACGUAGAAACAUAUUUAUCCCAGUACUUCACUGAUCCUGACCUCAGAGCACCUGCUUUGAGCUGUUUGAAAAGCUGCAGCUAUCUACAACUCCUCUGUUGGAACCCUGGACUAUGUCGGUUGGUCUGUUUGGUUUUAGAGCAGUGCAAAAGUUCGGAGGACCUACCAAGAACUUUAACCGGGCUCUGUCAUCAAGUGCUUCAUCUGAAACUGGAAAAGGACCAUAGUGGCACACUCCCGGAGGCUGAAACUCAAUCAGAAGUGUCUGUGCAAUCAGUAGAAAAAACUCAGACACAAAUCUCAAGAAGUUCUCAAGUGAAUAGGCGUCAAAAAAACACUCGGACAAAGUCCAGAGCACUGGUUCGCACUUGCUCUCGUACCCAAAGCGAAAAAGAGGAAGAUGACGUUGAUAGGGAGUGGGUGAAGAGUGUUGGCGGGGAAGUAGAUAGAACAGAGAGAGAGUUGCUGUCCCAGCUGAGUUGUCUGGCCUGGAAGGGGGUCAAAGCAAACUCUUCCAUCCUCCCCACAGAACAGAUAUCUGCCAAACUCAAGGCGUUCGGCCAAAGGACGGGGCUCUUCUUCUCUUACCACCUAAGGACGAGGCAGGGUGUCUCAAGUGGUGAGAGGGAGGGAGGAGGAAGAGAGGACAGAGAAGAAAUAAGAACACGAAAGAAUAGAGAAAAGAGGGGAAAGAAUGGGAGGACGUCUACUGAAGACGCUAUUGCAAGUGAUGACCACAUCCUGUUGUGGGCCAACCCUUUCCUUCAGAGUUACCUGGCAGCGGUUCAUCUGUCUCUGUCAAGGACCGUAACAGACCGUGCCUUCCUCCAGACCCUCCCUUUCCAGUCAGGCCAGAAGGAACGUCGGCGGCCUCAGAGGGAGGAGGUCGAUCUCACUCAGCGAUUUGCAGUCGGGCUCCUGUUCCACAACAGGACAGAGCUGCAGAGGCUUCACUCAUACACAGAGACAUCCUUCAGAGAUAUGGUGGCCGUCAAGCAGGCUUUAGUAACAAGACAUCUUGAGGGGCUCUCCCAUCAUGACCUGAGCCCCGCCCAGGUCCUGGAGGCUUGCCACUAUGUUUAUGAGGCCAGUUCCAUGCAUGGCGAUGGUAGCAGAGACAGUGGCAGCACACGAUUAGUCGCUCACCUGGCAGCAAAUCUUCCAGAAGUCCUGACGUUUCAUGGAGUUCCAUUCAAGCCGUCGGACGUGUUCGCUGUGCAGAACGUUCUCGAAAGGGGUGGAACUGAGGGAAGAAGGUUCUGUUUGGAUCUGGAGGAUUGUGGGAUACAGAUUUUGGGACUCAGAGCUCUGGUGGGGCUCAACAACAUCAACACAUACAGGGCAUGCAUUGCUGAUGUCAUCACCUUAUGGGAGCAGCUAGAGCACAGUGGUGAAGAAGACCUCCUACAAGAGACGGUGUCCAAAUUCAAGAUCCAUCCUCUGAAAGCCACACAGGUGUGUCACGUGGAGCACCUGGCAAAGCUGGUGAACAUACAUAUGCACAAGAGGCUGUCGGACAGUUCCAGCCAAUCAGAUUCCAUUCUGGCAGAGGGAGUGCCAGCUGUCAAAGAGCUACACAAGCUGGAGUUUGAGCUUGGUCCAGAAAAAGGUCCCCUGGUUCUUCCCAAGCUUUGGGAGCUCCUGCCAGGUCUACAUAACCUACAGCACUUAGACCUAGAGAACAGUAAGAUAGGGGACAAAGGAGCAGAGAAAUUAGCUGAUGCUCUAGUCUCACAUGGUUCCCUGGAGAUACUCAAUCUCUCACAGAACUGUAUCGGAGACCAGGGGGUUAAGAAAUUAGCGGCAACACUGAGGGAUCUGCCCAAACUGCACUGUUUAAGUCUCUACAGUAAUGAGAUUUCUGAUGAAGGGGCAGAGAGCUUAGCAGCUGUCCUCCCACACGUGGCUUCACUCACUGAACUGGACGUGAAGUAUAACAAGCUAACAGACGUUGGAGCACAAAUUUUGGGAGCCAGUCUGAGAAACUGUACAAAGAUGAAGACUCUGAGGAUGUGGAAUCAGUGUAUUCCAUACGGAGUGUUUGAGAGACUUCAGCAGCAGGACAACCGGAUCCAGUGGCAGUAGAACGACAUGAAACCUGGACAUGGACUUUUUAUCGUGUUUCUCAUGCAUACAUGUUCACACUACACAACACAUUUUCUAAAGCAUGUAUGUUAAAGAAACAGUUCCUGGAACAGAGAGAGAGAGAGAGAGAGAGAGAGAGAGA